UUUAUAGUUACCACCAUGGCCCUGGUGCCAGGGAACAGCGAGGAGGAUGGGCCUUGGCCUAGGGACAGUACAGGUUCCUCCCGGCACCCGGAAAGUCCCAGGCUGACCAGCUCUCUCUGGAAGGACACGGGAGACAUUGGCAGGGCUGAAGGUCACCAGGAUGCUCAGGCUGUCUCUCAAAAGCCACGCCUGCCCUCCAUUGUGGUGGAAACGUCUGAGGUGAAUGAGGACGGUACAGGUCUCCAGUGGCCAUGUGAGGACCUGCUGCUGCUCACUGAUGGUGAGGAAGAGGAAGCCGAGGCCUUCUUCCAGGACCAGAGUGAAGAGCCAGGCUGGACUUGGAGCCCACAGGACCCUAGGUCUCCCUUAAGAACAUUUAACCCUGGAGUCAUCUGGGGGCAGGAGCCGGAAGAACAAGAUGCCUCUUGGACUCCUGAGGGCUCUGAGUACCAGGAAACCCCCAACCCCUGUGCUCGAGGGGACCCAGCAACAGGUUCCUGUGUCUGUAGAAGCCCCUUUGUGGAGUACUCCCCCCUCCUCCUCCCUCCUGUUCACUUUGCAGGAACUGAAGAAGAAGCUGUUCAAGCGCCGGCGGGUGUUGAACCGGGAGCGGCGACUGAAGCGUCGGGUGGUCGGGGCUGUGGUAGACGCGGGACUGAUCACGCGGCACCACCUCAAGAAGCGAGCGUCCAGCGCGCGCGCCAACAUUACUCUGUCGGGGAAGAAACGCAGGAAGCUCCUCCAGCAGAUCCGGCUUGCCCAGAAGGAGAAGGCGACUAUGGAAGUGGACGCCCCCUCAAAGCCAGCCAGGACCAGUGAACCACAGCUCAAACGGCAAAAGAAGACAAAAGCCCCCCAGGAUGUAGAAAUGGAGGACCUUGAAGGUGGCAGCUGAAGUACUUCUCCUUCAUCAGAAGUCUCAACCGGAGCCGGAAGGACUCAGAGGACUUUGGAGAAAGCAUUUCCCCCUUUUCAUUCUUCCCAGAUACCUCUUCCUUAGUGGCCCACUGACCUCCCCUGGAGGGAUGUGUCAGCAGAGAAGAAGGGCCCCUAGCAGUCAAUUCUUUUUGUAAUAAAGCCCUUGAACUCUU